AUGGGUGUGAGUGAGGAUGGCCUGGCUGUAGAGCAAACCACAGAUCAGCAAUUGGCCAAACAUAAAGAGCUUGCCCCAUACGAUGAGAACUGGUUCUACACACGAGCUGCUUCCACAGUGCGGCACCUGUACCUCCGUGGUGGUGCCGGGGUUGGUUCCAUGACCAAGAUCUAUGGAGGACGGCAGAGAAAUGGUGUCAGGCCCAGCCAUUUCAGCAGAGGCUCAAAGAGUGUGGUUCGCCGGGUCCUCCAGGCCCUGGAGGGACUGAAAAUGGUGGAGAAGGACCAAGAUGGGGGUCGCAAGCUAACACCUCAGGGACAGAGAGAUCUAGACAGGAUCGCUGGACAGGUGGCAGCUGCCAACAAGAAGCAUUAUAACAAAGGAUGCUGGGUUAAUAAAUUGCCUCAUUCAUAA